AUGUCGCGCUCCUUCUAUGUCGACUCGCUCAUCAUCAAGGACUCCUCGCGGCCCGCGCCCUCGCUGCCAGAGCCGCACCCGGGGCCAGAUUUCUUCAUCCCGCUGGGCAUGCCGUCCCCGCUGGUGAUGUCUGUGUCGGGGCCCGGCUGCCCGUCCCGCAAGAGUGGCGCGUUCUGCGUCUGCCCACUCUGCGUCACUUCGCACCUGCACUCCUCUCGCGGGCCCGCUGGCUCCGGCGGCGGGGGCGCAGGCGCCGGGAGCACAGGAGCCGGCGGUGGGGGGGCGCCGGGGGGCGCAGGGGCCCUGCCCCUGCUCAAGGGUCAGUUCUCUUCGGGUCCCGGGGACGCGCAGUUUUGUCCUCGCGUGAGUCACGCGCACCAUCAUCACCACCCGCCGCAGCACCACCAUCACCACCAUCAGCCCCAGCAGCCCGGCUCCGCCGCCGCCGCGGCGGCCGCGGCGGCUGCGGCGGCGGCCGCGGCAGCCUUGGGGCACCCUCAGCACCACGCACCUGUCUGCGCUGCCACCACCUACAACGUGGGGGACCCGCGGAGAUUCCACUGCCUCACCAUGGGGGGCUCGGACGCCAGCCAGGUACCCAAUGGCAAGAGAAUGAGGACGGCGUUCACCAGCACGCAGCUUCUGGAGCUGGAGCGCGAGUUCUCUUCCAACAUGUACCUGUCUCGACUCCGGAGGAUCGAAAUCGCGACAUACCUGAACCUAUCAGAGAAGCAGGUGAAAAUCUGGUUUCAGAACCGUCGGGUGAAGCAUAAGAAAGAAGGGAAGGGCACUCAGAGGAACAGUCACGCGGGCUGCAAGUGCGUAGGCAGCCAGGCGCACUACGCGCGCUCCGAGGAUGAGGACUCCUUGUCUCCGGCCUCGGCCAACGAUGACAAGGAGAUUUCUCCCUUAUGAGGAAGGCCCGCCUCCCUCUCACACAUGCUCCUGGGCACCCACACAACACAAGGUGACCGGUACCUAGGGGCCCAAAUCCUCACCCAUGCUGGGGUCUCAUCUGCAGAAGGACGGAGUUGAGCACAUGCCCGGCCUGACCCUUCAGGUCUCAUCCUUGACCUGUUUAUUUGAAGUUCCACUCAAAGUUAUAGGUCUUUGUUUUUUUAAUGUAAAUAAUCUAGAUUCAACUCUGCUUUGUCAAGUAACAGGGGGAAAAAAACACGGUUGGUUUAAGUUUAACACUGUAUGUGGGUUUUUGAAAGCGCAUGUCCUUUCCCCUUCCCCACUGUCUUUCAGAACCUAAGAAGAGAAUGGGGGUUUCUUGAUUAUUUUCUGUUCUUGUUUUUUAAAUGAAAGUAUUCAAUUGCAAAUAAUUUAGAGAAUUGAAUCCUGUAGGUCUCACCUCCUGAAAAUUUGCCUGGGGAGAGAUUGGAAUUCAAGUUGCUGAAGUCCCUAUGUAUGUGAAUAGUUUUAUAUAAAAUUUAUAUUUAUAUUUAUUUAAAUAAAUGAAACAAAAUCAA